AUGUCUCGCUUCCCACAUGGCGUUCCGCUACCCAAUGGACUUAACACGGAUCCUCCCUUACCAGCAGAUGCCCCGACCAUAGGAUUUAAGCUCAAUCAUCUCUGUCUUCGUGUGCGCGACCCGGAAAAGUCGCUGCACUUUUACAUCAACCUCAUGGGCAUGCGCACCGUCUUUGUCACCAACACCGGACCUAUGACAGUCUACUUCCUGGGUUAUCCUUCAACGGAUCGACACCGCGAGCACCUCGACGAGUUCGGCAAGGAGACCUCUAUACCCGACACAGUGGGCCUUUUGGAGCUCUUUCAUAUCCAUGGAUCCGAAAACCAACCAGAAGGCUUCUAUAACUCUGGCAAUCAGCCCCCAAAUCUGGGUUUCUGUCAUCUAGGUUUCAGUGUACCGGAUCUACCAAGGACAUUGGAGAGACUCAAAGAGAAUGGCGUUCCGAUCAUCAAGGAUAUGGGCGUAUCGACUCGACAGAGCAUACCUAUCACUGAUUGGGAGAACGAACGGGGUAUUGGUGUCGAAAUCAAAGGCACUGAGAGUGAGAUGCACCCAGGCUUCAAGCAAAUAUUUGCCAACUUCGCCUACGUUCAAGAUCCUAAGACAAAGGACGGAUACUUCGUUGAGUUGCUCCCACAAGGCUUUGGAGGUGGCUCUGUUGAGGCUCAAGUCGAUUCCGGAACGCCGAGAUGA